AAGACGGCACAGCGAAUAGACAUGUUUUUUUCUUUUUUUUUGGGAUAAAGAGCUUUCAUACUUUUAUGACUAUUCGAUAACCGGUUCGCGGGGUUACCAUACAAACGAAUGCUAAGCGUUGGAGCGUUCAAAAAGCAUGCUAAUUUAAAGCCAUUCAAUCAUUGCCUUCCGACUGAAGAAUUGAACGCCAUAUGUUUCCAUCUGUUUUUGUGACGUGAAUGGAAGUGUUUUAGCUCAAGCGGACAGUGCAGUGUAACACUUCGCGAAGUGGGAAAACGCACAACGAAUUUUGUGCUGGAAAACUCCUUGGAGUGGAGACAACAAAAAAAAGAAAGAAAAAACUGUAACAUGCCGUAUACCAUAGUACAAAUUGAUGAUACCACAAACGGUGGGAGACUGCUGGCUGCGCCAGAAAGAUGGGUCGUAACUCCAACCAAAGGAGUUGUACAUCUUUACUGGCCCGACACGAAUCUGGUUAACAAUGUGAGGGAACUGUGGGAAGACGAUCAAAGCGCUCCAACGGAGGAGUGGGACAAAUGGGAAUGCAAAAUAGUGCAGCAAAAUAUUGAAUCGCUAGCAAAGGUGGAAUUUUUUUUCCAGAAUUUACAAAAGCAUCGUAAGGUUAAACCGAGUUCGACAGCUUCGACUAGCAACGCCACUGUCACCAAUGUCACGUUGGGCAAUCCUGCUUCACCAGCAAACCAGCCGAAUAGUGGAAGGAUGAUAAACAGCAGCUGCAACAAGACUUCAGCGUUAAAAUGUGAACUACUGGGGCCUUCACCGAAACCGGUAAAAAUGGUAUCGUGCAACCCAUUAAAUCAACUAGGAGGCAACAAAAGGCGCAAUACAUUAUCAAUACGUAACACGGAUCAAGACUACGAUCUGUAUAAAGAACUUUGCAAUUUACAGCAAAUAUUGCUCACAACAAGCGGACCAAAUAACCCAGAUAGCACGAGAAAUGAACCGAAAGCCGAUGCCAUGGAGAUGAACCAAAAGCUAUUCGGUUUGCUUCAAGAGCUGAAGGUUACGAUGAAAGGUGAUCAGGAAGAGACAAGAGCUAAACUGAAUGAAGUAUCGAAACAAAUCCAAUCCAACACGUGCAAGAGUCAAAAGGUUAUGGCAAAAUCGGCAAUCCCGCCUGCAACUCCGAACAAACCCAAAGUGUAUCGUCUAACGAACCUAGAUGACGUGAAGAAGUUUGAACAUCGUUUGAAUGAUCGAAUCUUUCAGCAGAAGGCUCGCAAACUGGUGAAGCGUGUUGUUGCUCGCGAGGAUGGCCCUGGCAAAUGCAUGAAGCGCAUGUGGGACCUAAUGUUCGAUAAAGCGCCUAUCGAGAAGUUCAGCUGGGCUGGCACGAAAUCAAAAAUUGCACUGCGUGAUUACAAGAACAUCGUCGAUCUGUAUAAGUACGGUGGUACCACCGAUGCAAACCACCCGGUGAAUGAUAUGCAGGUGAGAGCGUUUUUCCUUAAAAGUAUCAAGUACGCGACAGAUUUGAAGAACAUACAGAAUUGCAGCGAGAAAAAGGCGCGGCAAGCGAAAUGUGGUAAAAUUCGUAAACCAGCAUCAAGCUGGUGGAGCGUGCAGGAUGUAUGGCUGGAAGAGGAUGUGCAUGAACAAGAUGAAAGCGGUGGUGUACAGGAGCAAAGUACAGAGCAGUAUAGUACGGGCGAACAGGAAGAAUACGUCGAAGAGAAUCAAUGCGUUGAUGAAUUGCAAAAUUCAGUUCCAGAGGAAAAUGAUAUCGUGUUUUGCGACUCGAUAGAAGCAUUUAAUCAAUUCGAGGUCGAUUUAAAUGACCCAACAUGCCAAGCUAAAACAAUACAAUGGAUCGAGAAGACGUUUGGUCAUAUUGAAAAUGCGGAAGAUCGGAUGACGUUAUUGCUGGAGCGAUUAAUUGAUGAAAACGUCUUGUUCAACUUUUGCUGGAUGAACGUUGGUAGUGGAAAGUGUUCGUUGGUAAAGUACAUAAACUUUAUCCGACUGUUUCAAUACACCUCCAGAACUGUACUACAUCAGGCAGUAAUGAUCGACCAUGGUUGUGUGGAAGUUUUUUUUAAGAAUUUAUUAGAUGUCUACGAUAAUGUUGAGGUACAACCGUCAAAUUGUACUGCUAGCAGCAUGGUUGACCUGUCUGGUGGUACAGUCGUCGACUCGUGCGACUUAACAGCAUGCCCGUCGACGGUUCAAGUACCGAAUGGAACGUGCCCCCAAACGUAUGACUGUGACUAUCCUGCUAUGGACAAUCAAUAAGCCCCGCUUACGUCCCUCCCAUACGUAGGAAUUGCCAUUCUACAACGGGUUAACCAAUAAGUUGGUGUUAGCCAAGCCUAUUAGUGGCUUAAGCAGGCCUAGAUCGACUACGAUCGUGGCGCCUAAUACUAAUAUUAAUAUGAUUAGAUUACACACACUUACCAAGUUAAGAUCAAAGUGAAUGUAUGUAUGAGGAGGGAUUUUCCAGUGCAAUUUGACGUCUAAAAAUGAAAAGAGAAAGUUAAAUCGAUUUGAUACUUACAUUUAAAACAAACUGGUUGAUUUAAUGGUUUUUAUAUUUACUUACUCAUAAGUAUAUCCUAAAUUUUCACUAUUUUACACACAUUU